UUCCCUCACCUCCUUCCUUAUGCAUAUACAAAAGAAGACUAGAAGUCUCAGCUUCUUUCUCUCUCCCUCCACCAAUGGCACCUACAGUGACUUCAGUGGAUGCCUCCGAGCCCAAUGUAGCAACAAUCAAAACCUUAGCCGGCUCAGAUGCUCUCACUUCUGUACCUUCCGAGUACGCCUACAUCAUGGAUCCCAACGAUAAGGGAGAUGCAAAAGACCCAGAACACUCAAUCCCCAUCAUUGAUUUCAAGUUUUCAGAUUAAAUUGAAAACCGAAAUAGUCACAAGUUUUCAGAUUUUAAUUUCAAAAAUGAAACAUGAAUUAAUAUUUUCAUGCGCUUGAUGCCUUUUAGGUGAUCAACCACGGUGUACCAGAGAGCUUGAUGAAAGAAAUGAUUGACGUGUGCCGAAGAUUUUUUGAGCUACCGGAGGAGGAAAAGAAGGAGUUCCAUACAAAGAACCUGUUGGACCCAAUCAAGUGCGGCACCAGCUUCAACGUCGCGAUUGACAAAGUUCGUCUUUGGAGGGAUUAUCUCAAGGUCAUCGCACACCCCGAAUUCAACUCACUCUACAAAUCUGCUGGAUACAGUGAAGUUUCAUUGGAGUUCAGCAAAAGAACCCGUGCAGUGGCAAACAAAAUAUUGAAUGGAAUAUCGGAGAGUUUGGGAUUCGAGGCCGAUUACAUUACCAAGGCCAUGAACUGGGAUCGCGUCUGCCAAAUUCUGGCAGCGAACUACUACCCGGCUUGCCCACAUCCCGACCUGGCACUCGGUAUUCCUCUUCAUACAGAUCAUGGACUGGUGACUCUCCUUAUUCAGAAUGAUAUGUGUGGCCUUGAAGUCAAGCACAAUGAUCAGUGGGUCUUGGUGAAUGCCGCCCCGGGCGCUUUUAUUGUUAACGUCGGUGAUCAAAUGCAGAUUCUGACAAACGACAAGUACAAAAGCAUAUGGCAUCGAGCAACUGUGAACAACACAGCUACUAUGAUAUCGAUCGCCGUACCACAUGGACCGGCACUCGACACGCCUGCCGUACCGAUCCCAGAGUUACUAGAAAAGGAAGGCGAAAAAGCAAAGUACAUUGGAAUGACGUAUGAGAAAUUGAUGGAACUUCAGGCAAGCCCCGCUGCCUACAUGAUGCCUUGCUUGGAUCACCUUAGGGUCAAGGACAAUUGAAGAAAAUACAUGCAUGGUGGCCGGCUUUCUUUGUGUAGAAUAAUAUAUGCUCCUAUAAGAGCUUUGAUUCUUCAUCAGAGCAGCUUGCAGAGUUGUUGCCUAACGUUUCUUGCUAUGCGGGUCUUUGUCCUCACAUUAAUAUCAGUGGGACCUUCUCAUAUCAUCACACUAAUAUCAUCAACAUUAACUGAUUUCUGAUAGCCUAAAGAUUCCUAGCUAGGUCGUGUGUAAAUCAGUGGGACCUUCUCAUCGCACAUAGGACGCGUUUAUGUACCGCGAAUGAUAUACUGGAGUUUAGCAGUUCCACCCAUCUGGGGAGGGCAAUGACAAAGCAAGCUACACUAACACCAAUAUGUAAUCUAACGUCAGAUUUUUCUUAAAUUCUAAUCUUUUUCAAGGCUUAAAGUUCAAAAACGCCUUAAAUAAAGUAGUAGUGUAUCUGGGAAUAAUUCAAAUUGUAUUCUUCUAUCAAGAUGGUGAGAUAUACACAGAAAAAAAAAAAAAAAAAAAAAAAACCUAGAAAUCCCUAACUGUAAG